UUACUCAGACGAACCAGUGAACUGCUCACUAAAUAGUCUCAGAGCAGUUCUGGAGAUGUUGUUCACGCAUUUUUAUGUCAGACGCUUAAAUCACCGGGAGCCUCACGUGCGUCUGCACCAUUCAUUCAUAAAGAGACACGCAGAACAUGCACGAUUCAUAUUUAAAUGGUAUUUUGCGGUGUAAUAUUUACAGAAACUAGUCCACAUCGCGAUUUGUUUAAAGUGUAAUGACCGACCUAUGAUUAAUUCAUUCAAACUAUGACAAAUUCCGUGAAUUCAUGGGAAAUCAUACGGCUACAAAACAUUCGGGGCUAAAGAGAAAUCUUUCUGGGCUCGAGCCCCGAAUGAUUAGCCCUAACGACGCCCCUGUGUUCACAUGAUAUAAGGGGUCACUGGCGGGAUGAAAGACUCCCUUUCCUACGGUUUAUAGCGGUAACCAUGAUUAUCUGCGUUAUUUUCACAUUAACCAUGGUUACUAUGGUAUAUAUUGUAUUGAUCUCCUCCUACAAAAGUCUUUUGUAGGCUCUACUGUUGUUCGAACAGUUAUAUUUGAUCGGAACUCUUGUGUUGUUGUGUUUUCUUGACGGUCUCAUUUGAGCGACGCACCGCUGGAGACGCGCGUGCAGAUGAAUUCGUUUCGGCGAUUUAAAUGAACAGUUCACCUUCAUUAAUGUGAUCGAUAUCAUUAACGGCAUUUACUGAAUCAUAUGUGAAUGUGCUCAGGAUGGAAAACGAUAUACUCGACAUCCUGGAUCAGGUUGGGUAUGACGGGCCGCUGGCGGAGGAGGCGUGUCUGCUGGCGGCGUGUGGGCGGGGCUUCAGCUCAUCUGAAUAUGUCAGUCUGGUGUCGUGGCUCUCGUCCAGACUCACAAACGUCGCUGACUCGCACACACGGGAGCCGCUCGUCACAGAUCCAGACAGAUGCAUGCUGGACGCAAGCAGACUGCUGAAGGACUUGUGCUGUCCGUACGAAGGACUGGCGUCACGAUUAGCAAACGGAGACGUGAAGGACACCAAGGAGCAUCUGAAGAUCAUCUUGUUUUUGGCGUCGGAGCUUCAAGCUGCGGAGAUCGUGGCCAGUAAACCGGCGACUGACGCGGAGGAGCUGGACGCGUCUCUUCAGGAUCUCAGAGUCAUAUAUGAAACGCUGAAGCUGCCAGAUCCAGCCGGACGAGACGCCAGAGACACGUUUACUGCCGUCCAGCAGCAGGUGGAUGUUUUACUCAAGCAGCUUCCAGAAACACAUGUCGGAGAUCCCGCAUUCAAGAGCUCCCUCCAUUCGGAACAAUGGAGAGAGCUGGAGAAGAUCAACAGCGUUCUGUCAGCGGAGUACGAGUGUCGGCGGCGUAUGCUGAUCAAACGCCUCGAUGUGACCAUACAGUCCUUCAGCUGGUCGGACAGAGCCAAGGUGAAAAUUGACAGGAUGGCCAGAGUAUAUCAGCCAAAGCGGUAUUGUUUGUCGCUGCGGGCAUCGGUGAGUGUGGCUCAUCUGCUUGCCGCACGUCAGGACGUCUGCUAUAUUGUGAAGACCAGCAGCGGCUCGUGCCGAGAGAAAACCAGCUGUGCAAUAAACAAAAUCCUGAUGGGACGGGUUCCUGACCGGGGCGGACGGCCAUCUGAGAUCGAUGCGCCUCUUCCUGAGAUGCCCGCAUGGCAGAAGAGAUCUGAUGGAGGAGGCAGAGGAGGAGGAGCGGGAUACGGUGGGAAUCGGGGUGCGGGCGGAUGGAGAGGCGGCUGGCGCUCGGGAGGAGAUGGAUGGAGAGCAGGCCGAUGGAGUAGAGGAGGCCGAGGAGGACAGUACUACCACUGACAGAGUCAUGAUGGACAUAUCAGAGACUCAGACUGUUAUUUCCUCUUGGGGAAAUUAAUUUUUAAAAAGCCUGUAGUAGUUUGUUUCAUUUCACUUUUUAACUUCUACAUGACCAGCCUGAGACAUCAUGAAGGCAUCAUGCAUUGCUUCAAAAGCCUGCUGAAAGCAAUGAAUAAUAAAGCCAUGGAAAAAAACGCUUUAUGAAAUAUGUGACAUUUGACCUUUUUUUUCCAUCAUCGUUCAUCAAACUGUGGCAUGAAGCAGGUUUAGUGGCUCCCCGGGUAAGUGAGCCAAUCCUGGAUUCUCUGAGUUUGUGUUCCCAAGGUCCUGAUCCAUGAAUGUGUUUUUUACAGGUUUCCAUUAUGUGUUGUAUAAAGCUGGGGAUCAGAUAUAAUUCCUUUAUAGAGAUGUCUCUGCUGCACAGAAAAAUCAUAUAAGAGAUUGACAAACUCAGAAUUUCACUGUAAUUUUGUUUUUCGCAGCCUUUUAAAUCACAUAUUAAAAGGUGUCUAUGUAUUUUGUUUGUAUAUGUGUGAUACUAAUCUGUGUGCAGCGUGGGGUAUUUUGUAAUAACAAGAUCAAUUUUUGACAGAAUACAUUAAAAUACUGCUUAAA